GACGUUGAAAACUCUGUUUAUUCAUACUCUCGCUCAAUUAAAUAACUCAAUUUUUAUUAAAUACAAUAAAAAACCAGAUCAAAUGGCGGACGUAGCGAAAUUGAUCAGAUACACUUCACCGGUGAGUCCAGCAGUUUUUCCACACUUAACUCUGGUUUUACUGGGCAUAGGGAUAUUCUUCACUGCGUGGUUCUUCGUUUAUGAAGUGACAAGCACCAAGCAAACCAGGAGCCUUACAAAGGAAUUCGCCACAGCAGUUGUUGCCUCAGCAUUCUCUGGAUUUGGAAUCGUGUUUUUACUCCUUACUGUUGGAAUAUAUGUUUAAUUCCCCUUUGAUUUGUUAUAUUUGUUUCACACCAAUGUAUCUUUCCACACACGUAAGACUGUAUAAUAAUUUAUAAAACUGUCAUUAUAGAAGAUUGUUCUAUUUGCUUGAGUA